AGCCACUAGAGCCAAUAUGGGCGGUGGGAUCGAUCAUUGCUGCCACCUUUAAUGAGCAUCCAGUCAACAGAAAAAUGAUUACAAGAAGAUGGCUUAAAAGUGUUUUCCAACACUUGUAGGGACGAGACAGAGAGAGAGAGAGAAGGGGUAAGAAUUCAGUAUCCCAAAACAAUGCCUAUGAACGCUAGGGCUACAGUUAAGUUGAGGCAACUUAGCAGAAGAGGAGAUUCUUCAGGGAGUUCAGGGUGGAGUAAGAGGUGGAGUCACUGCAAAAAGCUCUCAGAGUUGGGAGAUGGAGAGCGAGAGCUUUGCAGGAACAGAAAGAAUGUAAUGGUGGUUGUGGAUGCUUCUCCAGAGGCAAAAAUAGCCAUGCUCUGGGCUCUGAGUAAUCUUGUUAACAAUCUGGAUACCCUCAUCUUACUGCAUGUCAUUCACACCACUCAUUUGACUGCAUCCAGGCGUGCUGAUGGAUCCUCAUGUGCAAACUAUCUCAGAUCCCUCUGCAAGGCGGGUAGGCCGGAGGUGGAUGUGCAAGCAGUUGUAAUACAAGCUGCUGAAAAGGCAGCUACCAUUGUGAACCAGGCAAACAAACUGCACAUUUCAGUGCUCAUACUUGGACAAAGAAGGCCCUCCUUGUUACACAGGUUUCUUCGUAAGAAAGAUGAGUUGGUAGACUACUGCAUUGAUCAUGCAGAGUGCUUGACUCUGGGUGUGAGUAAACAGAGCAGCAGCAUUGGUGGUUACCUUAUCAACAGCAAAUGGCACAAAAACUUCUGGCUUUUGGCUUGAUUAUCUAUAUAUCUAUAACUGUAAAUGCAACAGAGAAGGAAGGGAUUUAUGCCUCUUAUUAACAGGCUAAUCUUAUUGUUAGCUAAUUUUCAUCUUUAUUAACAUGCUAAGAAAACCUAUUAACAUGGUAAUUUUCACAAAGGUAUGCAUAUGAAUUUGAUUACAGGUAGGAGACCGUGGCACCUUAUAAGAUGUAAAUUAUUUGCUAGUUGGUGAUAUAUGAUGAUGUUAAAUAUGAUUACCAUGUAUAUUUGAAGAUGAAGCCUUGGAGUUGUGCUAUUUAGCACAUAUGGGUGAUAUAUUUUGACAGUUGUAAAGUUGGUUGUAAUGGGGAAAAAAUAUUUAUUAGUAAUAUGAUUAUUUAAUAUUUAUGUA